AAUAAACCCAUAAGAUAGCCAACGAGAUAAAGAUUAAUUAAUUUAUUCUUUAUCUCGAUGAAGAUAACUAGAUUAGACACAUGAUAAGUGAUAACGAUUAAUGAUGAUCAAAGUUUUUAAUAAAAUACCAUUUCUUAAGUCAUUGAUAAAGUUACGUGCACGAAAAAUUGAUAUUGUGGAAACAAUUGAAGAAUGUGAACUAAUAGCAAAUAAAUUAGAAAAAUCAACUUCUUACCUGCCGAUUCUUGGACUUGAUUGCGAGUGGGUAACACAAAAUGAUAUUCGUCAUCCUGUGGCAAUGUUACAAAUUGCGGACAAUAAUGGAAUGUGUUCUUUGAUUAGAUUGUCUAAGCUUGAAACUAUUCCAACGUCUUUAUCUAACAUUCUAGGCAAUUCUAAUAUAAUUAAAGUUGGUGUUGCUAUUUUGGAUGAUGCUCAUUUGCUUAUGAAUGAUUAUAAUAUUCAAGUAUCUGGAUGCAUUGAUUUGAGAUAUUUAGCUAAGGAAUGUAGUUUGCAAGAAAGAAGUCUGUCAGCUCUUGCUUAUGAAUUACUGGGAUGUGAAUUGGAUAAAGAUUGGCGUGUUCGAGCUAGUAAUUGGGAAGCUGAAUUAUUGAACGACCGUCAAAUUAAAUAUGCAGCAAUGGAUGCUUUUGUUGCUAUCAAGAUUUUUGAACAAUUUAGAAAUAUAAAAAUAUCAUGGUGGAAUUGGUUAUUUUUGACAGAAAAACAAAAAUGGAAUGACUUUAUAGUAAAGUAUUCAGAGUAUAUAGAUCUUCCAUACAAGAAUAUGAAAAGUAAUGGUAACACUACCUUUAAAUCAAAAUCGAAUAUACGUUCUUAUUCAACAUCAACAAUAAAAGCUGCUCAAGUUUAUGACAAUUGUUUGAUGGAAAAUAUUGAUGGAACAGUGAUGUCAACUUGUAGUCAUAAAAAAGUUGAUUGGUACAUAUCUCAAGGUUUAGCUAAAUUGGUUAAAGAUAAUCCUAGAACUAUAAGACUUAAUUUUUCAGCUGACUUAAAAAAUCGAAAAGACAAAUUUUCCGUUCUUCCCCGAGAAAAUAUUUGUACAGUUUGUGGCCGUCCUGAAUAUUUUCGAAAGAAAAAAAUUAUUCCGAAAGAAUUUGUCCGGCAUAUGCCAACUGCUUACAAAAGUCACAUACCUCACGAUACGUUACUUUUAUGUUACUGGUGUCACAUAAAAUCAAAUACAUUCGAUUCUACCAUACGUAAAAAGCUAUUUGAUAUUUGUAAAACUAAUGAGGUGAACCCAAAUGAAUAUCGAAAGAUUCCUGCAUAUGUAAAAAUAAUGAGAUCAAAGAGUCUUGCUCAAACUCUUUUGAAAUCCCGGCAUAAGUUACCAGAUAAAAUUAUAUAUGAAUUAAAAUUAGAAAUUGCAGAAAUAUAUAAUAUAAAACCAAAUCGAGUGUUUGACUCUUUUCUUGAAACAUUGGUUACUAUUAAAUCCUUAAAGUAUGAAAAUGAUAGUCAACAUAAUAAUGCUGCAAAAAAGGUAGUUGAACAUUUUUUGGAACGAAAUGCUUUGAAUGAAUUAAAAACAAUGUGGCGACAACAUUUCCUGAAUACAAUGAAACCGAAAUAUUUACCUACACUGUGGUCAGUUUCUUAUGAUGGAUAAAAGAAAUGAUCAAUAUUUUCAAAAAAUUAAAUAAUUAUGUAAAUUAUUUGAAUGAAUAAGAUACAAAUUUUAUUUUAUUGCAUA